AUGCCACGCCAUGCCAUGCUCAUGCUCAUGCUCAUGCCCAUGCCCAAGCUCAUGCCGCGCCUCGUUUACCUUCGAAAGGCAGAUACACUAGACGAAACGCCAUUCCAGACCGCACGCCGCGAAGCAUGGGAAGAGAUCGGCCUAUCCGAUAUCGAUCAGCCACUCCCGGCACCAUUUACUGUAGAGCACCUCUGCGAGUUACCGGCAAAUCUUGCCAAAACGGAAUUGGUUGUGCGGCCCUGUGUCGCGUUGCUGCACUCAUUUGACGAAGCUACGGGUGAGAAUGCGGAUCCCGAAAUCUCGCUGAUCCCUAAGCUGGAUGCGCGCGAAGUUGCAGCUGUGUUUACGGCGCGGUUUGCGGACUUUUUACGGUUGGAAAUUAAGAGUGACGAUGGGGAGCACCGGGGUAAGGGUCUCAGUGACCAGGGUGCGGAUCCAGGGCAGUGGUAUCGCGGGUCGUGGAGUUUGUGGCACCAUUCCAACUGGCGCAUGCACCAGUUCUUCGUACCGGUCAAUGAUCGGGUGGUCAAGCCUCGCGGGGGUCAAGAACAACGGGUGGUGGAGAAGCUAGAAGCGCAGGAACCGAGUGGGCUGCAGCGAUAUCGCGUGUUCGGAAUGACCGCACGAAUCAUUGUGGACGCAGCGCGAGUGGCGUAUGGGCGUGAACCUGAGUUCGAGCAUAAUAGCCACUUUGGGGAUGAAGCGAUGAUCGCCCAAUUGCGGCGAAUGGGCCGAUUGAGUGCCCGACGCCAACCCUCGGACGAACUGACCCGCGAAAUGAUGGAGAGGGCCGCUAAAUUGAGUUAG